AUGAUCUUCUAUCUCACCCAUCUGUCAGAAGGAAAGCCGAGAAUCGCUGAAUGCGACAUCAUCCCCAUGAACCUAUACACAACGCGGUCCGGGGCAUUCGCAGAAUUAAAGCGUCAGGUCCGCGAAGCAUGCAAAGAAAAGAACUGGGACCAGGUCAAGAAGUCCUGCCAGGAUGUUCUAACGAAGAGAAGCGAAAUAGCGACUCUCUGGAACGUGGCGCCUGAAUUGGUGAAAGUGCAUAACAUCACGGCAUACAGGACUCUACUGGCGGCGGAUUUUAGUGAAAACGUUGACCAAGACACCGCGCGUACGAAUCAUCAGAUCGCGCGGCAGAUUGCUGGAGAUGCGGAGAUUGAACUUGUUCCCUGGCACGUAGGGAAGAAGGGUCAAUAUGGGGAAAUUGAGCCCUUGGAUGAGAGUGUUGUUCAUGAGAUCUUGACUGGGGAAGCAGGUAGUAGCGGUCAAGAACAUGGAGGAGAAGCUGAUGAGGCAACGGAAAUGACCGCGGAAAAGGAAGUUGUGAAACUCGGAGAUGAGUUUGUUCGGUUCGAGAAAUCUUUCAAGGCGGAUUUCAUUCAGACAAUGCAAAAGGAGUUCACCAUUGAAGCAGUGUGUGAGGUUAUGAAUGUUCCUGUCUCCGCAAUGCGUGUUUUCGUCGAUGCGCUGAAUCCGGAAUUCGAUUGGGGGGGAGCUUGGAGUGAAUUUCCAAGCUAUUAUCUUGGAUUUGAUGAGAAAUCGGUCUGGUCGGGAGGAUAG